GGCGAAGACUGGAAGGUCUGGGGCCAGGAGUGGGUGAACGUACGUCUGCGCACUGUCGAUCUCGAGACGAAGGCUGUCGUGCGCCAUGCCGGCAAAGAUCACAGUUCAAAGUCAUUUGAUGAUCACGUCACUGCGUUAUGUUGGCGCGACAGCCAAUCUUUGGCGGUAGUGCACACGAGGACCUCGCAUAUCGAAGAGCCGUUCUUGUCUGGCUCAAAAGUCAGCCUGGUGAAGAUCGGGCCUGUCGAUACGCCUGAGAUGGCACAAAUGUGGUCUAUCGAGGAAUUUCUUGCUAUUCCCAGUGCCAUUCCGAGCAUCGCUUGGGCGGACGAAGCGCUGUACUUCAUUGGUGGUGCUCCGAUUGACAAAACGUGCGGAGGUCGGUUGGUCUACGCUGCAUCGACAUCGUCCGGAGAGCCAAAGAGAGUCGCCUUUGGUCAAGUGAAUGACGCAAAGAAGGUCAUUUCUGUCAAUGGACAAGCCAUAGCCUACGUCGAGCAUGGCCUUCGUGAUGAAAUCUGGAUGCUUCCGAACACUCUUCUACUCAGCCUACCACAGCGCAUUGAUGCACUCCAUGUUGGCCGUUCUGGCGAUGGACUAACCCUGGCCAUCUCAACAUCUGAUAUCAACACUCCUGCUGAGGUCUACUCAUUGACAGCCUCCCCCGACUCCGCUCCCGUCCGUCUCUCGAAUCAUGGCGCAGUAUUCAGGAAUCGUCAGUUUGGUUCCUGCCAUUUCUUCAAGUGUGCCUCGAGGGACCAUGAAGUCGACUUGGACGGCAUUUUCUUGACGCCGAGUCCACGGCUCGCUGCAGAACCUCAGCCUACCGUGGUACUGAUACAUGGAGGUCCUACUGCCCGCGAUACCAAUGCUUUCGAUUCGUACUUAUUCUACUGGACGCCCUUCUUACUGAACCAUGGCUAUUCUGUCGUGCUGACCAACUACCGAGGAAGCUCGGGCAGAGGAGAAGCAUUCGCUUCCUAUAGUCUCAGGGGCGUAGGCAAGUGGGACCAUGAGGAUGUCGUCACCAUCACAGAUCACGCUGUGAAACUAGGAUUUGCCGAUCAGGACCGUCUGAUGGUAGGCGGAAUCAGCCAAGGUGGCUUCUUGUCGUACCUGUGUAGCACCAGAAACGGCUCGCUGUUUCCUUGGAAGUUCAAUGCAGCCGUGCCUCUCAAUGGAGUCACGGAGACCGAUACUCUGGCGCUAGCUUCCGAUCUCGGUAGCUCUCUCGAGACUGAGCUCAGUGCUGGCGGGCCACCAUGGACUAUGCCAAGUACCUUUACCGGUAAUCGACAGGCCAGCGCCAUAUGGGAAGUCAGUGCAGCAGUACAAAGCGCCCGGAAAGAUCAAACGAUGAUCAUACCGCCUAUGCUCAUCAUGCAAAGCGAAAACGACGAGCGUUGUCCCAUCGCACAAGGAGUCGGAAUGCGUCGAGCUUUGGCGCAUCAUGGACUGCCCUAUGAGUUUGUGGCUUAUCCUCGGCAGAAUCACAUGCUGCAUGAGCAGAAAUUCUGGAUUGAUAUGGCCGAAAGGCUGUUACGAUGGUGCGAUACAUACAUAGGCGUAAGUACUGCCUACCGAGGCUAGAAAGCAGCGUGUACUCACGAUCAGUAAGCCGAUGGAGCGUGGUGAUACGCAGACCACCUGUCGCUGCUGCCCAGGCUCAAUUGAAAAAAGACAUUUGCAAUCAGCUUACCACAAGCAGUAAAUCGCUGCGACGCGCUGCUGUGAAGUACUUUCCUGGUACACAGAUGGCGCUAGCUCGAUGCUGUCGCAUAACGUGCACUCAUCGCACGCUUUGUUUGCGCGCGACGUGAAGGUGUUAUACAGCAUGCUGACUGUGCAGUCUUACCGCAUGUAGCGUGACUGCAUCCUGAAAGCAUUGAACAGGCACGUUCUACUUAACUAAGGUAUUGCCGGUAAUCGUACUGGUGUUGGUGUUGAUUACAAAAGUGCCGCCUCACUUGAUGUCUUCUGCUGCUUAGUGAGCAGCAAAAAGCCGUCGCAACUAUUACAAGUGAAGUAAACCUCUGUAUGCGUACAUAUCUGCCCUGACGUGGUACCAUUCUUACUCACUUCAAACAUCAAUCUGGAACACACGAACACCGCCGAACACUCCAUUCCCAGCACGGCAAGCGAGACCUCACGCAAGCAACAUGACACUGACUGAGCUAGUGCGAGAUGCGCCAAUUGGACAGCUCAUUCGGUUGAUCACCAGAAACAGAGUACUGCUAUAUGCGGAGGAGAGACCGGGUUUCCAGUGUCCUUCUUGCUACAGUGAGCCGGAAGUGGCAGGUAAAGCGCAUCGCCCAGCUCACGCGACGCAUACGUCAACAGACACUGGACUGGAAAAUGUUCAUGGCGAGAAAGACGCAACAGACGUCGAAAAGCAGGGUAUGGAGCCCGUGGAGGAGCCACAAGCCACGGGCAUCAGUAGACCCACCCUACUGUCCAUACCGACGCAGAGAUCAGACUUGGAACACACAUUCACACGCGAAGAUCUCCACAAGCUGGAGACGACCAGAAGUACCUUGGAACGAGUGGGUACGAGGGGAACGAUACUACACAUCAAGACCAUGGCGGAACUGGAGGCUGCUUUCAUCGCGGCCGCAAUGCCCAAAGAGCCCAGUCGGCCCAUCAUCCCACAGCGCACAAUCCAGGGCGAUAUCCUCGUCGACUGGUACACUGAAAGUGAUGAAGAUAAUCCGCAAAAUUGGUCUACGGGCUUGAAGCUCCUCGCUUCCUCGAUGAUCUACCUCUACACCAUGGCAGUGUACAUGGGCUCUUCGAUCAUCACAUCGUCCAUUCCCGGUAUCAUGGAGGAGUUCCACGUGGGUGAAACAGCUGCCAGCCUAACUCUUGCGCUGUACACGCUAGCAUAUGGCAUUGGGCCUUUGAUAUUCUCGCCGCUCAGCGAGAUUCCCAGCAUUGGCCGCAACCCGCCUUACAUGAUCACCAUGGCCAUCUUCGUCAUCCUCUGUGUGCCCGCUGCUCUCGUAGAAAAUUUCGCAGGCUUACUCGUCCUCCGCUUCCUCCUCGGCUUCUUCGGCUCUCCUUGUCUCGCCACGGGAGGAGCCAGUCUGCAGGACAUGUACAGCCUGAUCAAACUCCCCUAUGUGCUCUGCAUCUGGGCCUUUGCAGCGACAUGUGGUCCUGCAUUGGGCCCACUCAUUUCGGGAUUCUCAGUUGCGGCAGAGAACUGGCGCUGGUCACUGUGGGAAAUGCUCUGGCUCAGUGGGCCCGUCUUCCUCGCUAUGCUACUCUUCCUCCCCGAGACAUCCCCCGCCAACAUCCUCCUCCGACGUGCACAGAGACUGAGAAAACUCACCAACGAUUCCCGACUCAAGGCGCAAUCCGAAAUCGACCAAGCGAACAUGAAACCCCGUGACAUUGCCUUUGAAGCCCUCGUCCGUCCCAUCCAACUCAUGCUCAUGGACCCCGCAAUCGGCUUCACAGCACUCUACGUCGCCCUCUGCUACGGCAUCUACUACUCCUUCUUCGAAGCUUUCCCCCUCGUCUACAUCUCCCUCUAUCACUUCAAUCUCGGCGAACUCGGUCUCACAUUUCUCAGCAUCACCGUCGGAAUCUCUCUCGCCAUCGUGGUCUUUUACGCCUAUCUCUGGUACUUUCUAGAACCGGAUAUCAUCCUCCACGGACUCGGCGCACCCGAACGCAGACUCGUUCCUGCUCUCAUUGCGUCCUUUUUCUGCCCUGUCGGACUCUUUAUUUUCGGCUGGACGGCUCGGGCGGAAAUUCAUUGGAUGGUGAGUAUAGUAGGGAUUAUGAUUUUUACGAUUGGGAUUUUUGUUAUUAUGCAGAGUAUUUUUAUGCAGUUGGCUCUUGUCUACCCCCAAUACGCCGCCUCUCUCUUCGCAGGCAACGAUUUCGCCCGCUCGACUCUCGCGUUCGCUGCUGUGCUGUUUUCCCGACCUAUGUAUUUGAAUUUGGGAAUCGCGCGAGGAACGAGUUUGCUCGCGGGCCUGACGGCGGGGUGUAUUUUGGGGGUGUUUGCGUUGUAUUUUGGAGGGGAGACGUUGAGGAGGAGGAGUCGGUUUGCUGUGAAGUAG